AUGAACGAAGAAAAGGAAUUUUAAAAGAAAGUACAAGUUGCAGUGGAUGCUGUAUAAAAUUAUAGAAAAUUUUAGUAUUUAGGAAAAAGAGAUAAAUAAUCAUAAAUGGUUGAAUAGAUUUAGAACGUUUUAGAAAGAGAAUAAUUGAUCGAUUAAGUUCAAAAAUUAAUUGUGGAAUUGAUUACUAAAUUAACAGAACGUUUCAUUUCUAAUGUAAAUUCAAUAAAUAUAAUUAUAAUAGAUGAAAAAGUAAGUAGAGAAUGAGAUUUUAAAAUUAAGAGAAACCAUACGAUCAACUCAUUAGAGAACAUAUUCUGCAGUAGAUAAAGAGAAAGUAGAAGAUCAAGUUUAAAGGACUUUGAAUAAGCAUGAUGUUUAAAUAAAUAUGUUAUUGGAGCAUCAGUAAUAUGUUUUUUAUUCUAUAUUAUAGAGCUUAAUUAAAAUAGAUAAGAUUAGAAGUACCAAGCAAUGAGAGUAUUUUAUUUAAUAUUAGUGAAAGAAAGAGUUGGAAAGUAGUAUUAAAAAGGAUUAAGAAGUAUUAAAAUUAGAAAUGGAGGAACAACUAAAAUCUUAUUAAAGAAAUUUCAAUUGUAUUUAUAUUAGAAAUAACAUAUAUUAGAGAAAUAAUAAACCAUUAUGCAAAUAUUAAAUGAUUUAGUUGUAAAGAUAGAGAAAAUUGAAACAUCAUAAACAUAAUAAUAAAUAACCAUUGGUUCAGAUAAGAAGAAAAGGUGAG